AUGUCUCCAUCACCUUCAUUUGAUCAUAUGGAGAUACCGUCCUCUCCCGAUGUGCCAACGGGUUCUCCUCAGCUUCCAAAGCUUCCCUCUCCGAUUAGUGCGAAAGUGCGAACACCAAAGAAGGAAAGACGACAGACAUCAAUUACGCCGAGAAGGUUCGGAAAGUUCUUCGACAAUAAAGCUGCCACCGUUUCAAUGUCCUCGCCUUCUGGUCGAGCCCUCAAGAGACUGGUCAAUAAUCAUCAAGAAACACAAUCUAGCCCAUUAAAACCUUACAACAAUGUAGAGCUUCAAGGACAGGAAAACGAGGAAUUGAUUUCAACACCUAGAGAAUUCAAGAGAAGAAAAACAAAUCACUGUGAUCUAAGUGCGGAUGAUGAUUGUUUCUUCAAAGAUCCUGUAAAAAUACAUCAUGGACAAUCACAUUGUAACUCUUCGAAAAUAGCUUCUUCGAAUUCAACAUCACAGUUGAUUGUUGAAGAAGUAGAAGAAGAAGUAGAAGAGGAUGGUCCUAUUGAAGCUUCACUUCCAAAAGAACCCAUCGAGCGCAUCGUUCCCUUCGAGAACUGCGGAAUGAGUGCGAGGAUAUUACAAUUGAGUUUGGGCACUUCCAGGUCAAGACGAGCCAAUUUAGCAUAUCCUGUCAAUGAUUGGCGAGACGAGACUGCAUCGUUCUACAGUAGACCAGAAGAUGUAAGCCACACUGUGAGUCUCAUGGGUGGCAGGGACAGCAUACCUUUUUGUAACGCCGGCCUGAAUACGAAUUCUCUGGUAGCCAUUGGCGAUGACGAAGGACGUAUUCGACUCGUGGAAUCUGAGAAGAAUGGACAGCCUUCAUUCAGCAGUGUACAUUUGGGUUGGCAGAUUCACAAAAAUGCCAUCAUUGAUCUUUCACUUUCCGACGAUGAUGCCUUGGUAGCAACGGCAUCCGGGGACCUUUCCGCCAAAGUUUCAGACAUGACAACACAACAGCCAAUAUCUAUCCUUGCUAACCAUAGUGCGACAUUAAAACAAGUAAGAUUUCAACCAGGGGCAAACAAUAAGAAUGUACUCGCCACAUCGGGUAGAGAUGGUAGUGUUCAGAUCUGGGAUCUAAGAUGCAAGGGCAGCGACGGUCCGAUUAUGGAGAUGCAAAAGCUACCAGGUGAAAACAUUCCACGUUGUGGUAACGUCAAGGGCAUUUUAAAUGCCCACCACGGUUCACAUUUUCAUGAGCCUAAACCUGCUGCGGGCUUCCGCUCUCUUUCUGGUCCUAGAAAAGGACGUGCCGGCGAUAUAUCAGUCACGAGCAUCCAUUUCUUACCACCUGGUCAAGAGCACUUACUCCUUACUGGUUCAGAAUCGAAUUCUAUCGUCAAACUUUGGGAUAUCCGUAAUUGUUCCAAUAGGCGGAAAAGCAGCCGACCAGUCGCAUGCACGAAACAGGUUCCUAGCCAUGUCAGCAAUCGUCCUUUUGGUAUUACCUCCCUCAGUAUGAGUCACGACGGAAGCAGGUUCUACAGCGUUUGUAAAGACAACGUAGUCUAUGCAUAUUCUACCUCGCAUCUCAUUCUCGGCCAUGCAUCUGAACUUGAAAGCGGCAAUGGGAAAGGAACAUCUCAACGAGCAGUUCAAGAAGGCUCAGGUCCGCUAUAUGGAUUCCGACAUCCUUCUUUCCACGUGGCCAAUUUUUACAUUAAAUCUGCAAUUCGCAAGCCUGUCAAUGGCAAUUCUGAGCUUCUAGCUGUAGGAAGUAAUGAUGGGACUCCCAUUUUAUUUCCCACCGAUGAGCGUUACCUCGGUACAAAGGCCAAUACUUCUAUUCCAUCCGAAGACGUCACCCAACACUCCCGAACAUUGAGCCCCAAUUCCCUAUCGCGACCUGGAGAACUCAGCUCGGCGAUUUGGGGAAGUAAGAAAGAUACUUUGGUAGAGGAUUCGAUCCCUAUCUACACACAUGGGACAGCGCUGAUAAGAGGGCAUGGAAGGGAAGUGAGUUCGCUAAGUUGGACAAACAAUGGUGAACUUAUCUGUGCGGACGAUGAUUGGAAUGUUAGGUGUUGGAGAGAGGGACGGGAUGCUAGAGAUUUGAGAAUGGGUGGAGAGACGGGGGGAAGACGAUGGGGUUGUGGAUGGGCAGACAUUCGAAAAGAUUACGACGACGAAGAUGAGUAG